AUGGGCAUAAUGGGAAGCAGCUUCUCGUUUAUAUUGGGCUCAGUGUUCGACAUCUACGUUGCCCAAAACUACAACAUCCCCAACAUCCAGAAGCUCUCCACCACGAGCCUUUUGAUCACCAAGCACAUCGAAGAGACUUACUGGAAGCUUAAGAAGAGAGACGAUAAGAACCAGAACCAGUAUAUCUCGUUGUACGACGUCGUUCCGAAACAGUUUCUUGUCAAACAAGCUACCUGCCUAGUUCUUAAUGCUAAUGUCUGUUCAAUGAUUGAGUUCUCCACAAUUUACUGA